UUCUCAAAACUAGCAGAAACAGAAUGAAACUGUCCAUAGUAACGCAUCGCAUUUGCCCUUUCCCAAACCCUCAAUCCUUUUUCUUAAAACCUUCCAAAUUUCCAUUCCAAACCCCAAAAUUCCCUUCUUCUCCUCCCACCAUCAAUGUUCAUCAAAUUUCAAAACGCCGUUUGAAUUUUUACUAUUAUUAUAAUUGUAAUUACAGUUUCGCAAGAAGUUCUUCAGUAACAGCAACAAUGUGUACAUCUCCAGUGUGUAUUACUGUGAAGGACCAAAUCGAUCUGACUGCCAAGGAGAAGCAAAUUUUCGAUCGCCUUCUUGCAGUUCUACGCCACUUCAAUCUCCAAACCCAGCUUCGUGUCGCCGGGGGCUGGGUUCGCGAUAAGCUUUUGGGCAGAGAAUGUUAUGAUAUUGACAUUGCACUGGACAACAUGUUAGGAAAGGAGUUCUGCGAAAAAGUAAACGAGUACUCGUUAUCAGCAGGGGAAGAGACACAUGGCAUUGGUGUGAUUCAGUGCAAUCCUGAUCAAUCAAAACAUUUGGAAACAGCAAGGAUGCGCCUUUUUGAUGUAUGGAUUGAUUUUGUCAACUUAAGAUCUGAAGACUACAGUGAGAAUAGCCGCAUUCCAACUAUGAAAUUUGGCACUGCAGAAGAGGAUGCGUAUCGAAGGGAUUUAACCAUCAAUAGCUUGUUCUACAAUAUCAACACAAGUUCUGUUGAAGAUUUUACUGGAAGAGGCAUUAUGGACUUGAAGUCAGGAAAAAUUGUGACCCCGCUGCCUCCAAAGCAGACAUUUUUGGAUGAUCCCCUACGAGUUCUUCGAGCUAUCCGAUUUGGUGCAAGGUUUGGAUUUAUGCUAGAUGAAGAGCUGAAGAUAGCUGCUGCAGAUGAUGACGUCAAAGCUGCAAUUGCUGAUAAAAUUAGUAGAGAACGUAUUGGUCAUGAAAUUGAUCUCAUGAUAUCUGGCAAUCAUCCUGUGAAAGCAAUGACAUACAUUUCUGAUCUGCAAUUGUUCUGGGCUGUGUUUAGUCUUCCUUCUGGGCCAGAGCCUUCAACUUCAGAAGGAUGUGAAAGGCUUUGUGUUGCUUGCAUGGAUUCAACGUCAAGACUUUUGCAGUUAAUUGAACUCUCCUCAUUAACUGAUGAUCAUAGAAGGCUCUGCAUGUAUGCUGCUUUAUUUCUUCCAUUUAGGAAGACUAUUUACAGAGACAACAAAGGGAAAAAGAUCCCAGUUGUGAGUUACAUCUUUCGCAAUUCUCUCAAGCUGAAGGCUAGUGAUGCUGAAACUGUUCUGAGUUUGCAUCUUGCAGCGGAAAAAUUCGUAUCUUUGAUUCCUUUGAUUCUGUCUAAUGAGGAUAUACAAAUUCUUGAAGUUGAGUGGAAAAGAGAAAUUAUUGCUGUUUCCGUUGCCUCAAAACUCAGAAUAUUGGCUGGAUUGCUGCUGCGAGAAAUUAAAGAGUUUUGGCGUGCUGCCCUCGUGCUUUCCAUGCUGUUGCGCGCUGCCAUUAUUGUUUGCUCUACAAAUUCAUCAAACAACGAAUAUGAAUUGGACAAAAAAGUAGAAUUAUUUAACAGGAUUGAGAAAGCAAUUCUGGAACUAGGCUUAGAAAGAGUAUGGGAAAUGAAACCAUUGGUGAAUGGAAAGGAUAUCAUGAAUGUCUUGCAGAUCAAAUCAGGAGGACCCGUGGUUAAGGAAUGGCAAAAACUGCUCGAGUGGCAGCUUGCACACCCCUCUGGGUCUGCAGACGAAUGCAUUGAUUGGAUGAGGCAAACUCAUUCGAAACGUGCGAGGACAGAGUGAUUCUUUGCUGAAGUUCAACCUACAAACUUACUCUGUCUUGAGAAAUUGUUUAUUUAAUUUCUCAAACAAUAUUCGAGAGCCACAGAGAUCACUCCUGUUCUGGAAGGCUUAAAAUUAAAAACGAACAUGUAAAAUAUCCCGUUCCUCGGGAAAAAAAAAAUGAAAAAGGAUAGGAACUGUUGUGUAAUUAUCUAGGAUAAAUUAUGGCAUAGUUUUCUUAUGUCAUAGUACUCAAUUUUUGAACCGCAGAUGUUCUUGUUCAUUUUUGACGUGUAAAGAUUCUUUUCAAUGCCAUAUAUUGUUUAGCUGGAGGGAUGAAAUGGAAUUACAGCUUGAGUAGCUAAAUGUAUGAAACUUUAUCUCCCAUUGAAUUGCUA